AUGCGUUUCUCUACCGCCAUCGCCCUCACCUUCUCGGCCACUGCCAGUCUGGUUGCUGCGCAGGAUAAAUGCCAGGCUCAAAAGUACGUUCAACGCUCACCCUCUUUCCCUCAUCCCUUUCUUCCCUUCUCCUCUUAUCACCAGCACCGUCUUCUACAAUCACACAAGUCUGAUCAACCGUCCGUCAAUUAA